AUGCGUUUCCUCUCGCUCACCCUCCUCCUGUCCGCCGCCGUGGCGCUGCCUUCCGCCGAGAAGUCCUGCUCUGGCGUCGGCUUCCCCUGCGGCAACGCGACCGUAAACGCCUACGACUGCUGUGUCCCUCUCGUCUGUGCCCCGGGCGCGCAACCUGUUUGCCAGCAGCCUCCUCGUCCUCUUCCUCUUCCUCUUUCAUCUCGCAGAACCAAGAACUGA